UUCAAAGGCUCUGUAAGGUGUCUGACACAGACUCUGGGUCCAGAAGGGGGGGCUACCUGUAGGUGAGACACCACAGAAGGUCAUGCUGCCUUGUUGUGUCCCACUGCCUGUGUCUGUCUCCAUCCUGUACCUCUGAGAUAUGGGAAAAGGCUGGAGGUUGCAGGACCCCAAGCUGGUGAGAAAUAGGUUUAUGUGGGUGCGUGCAAGAAAUUUUGCCUGGCUGAGCAGCUGCUGGAGGCUGCUGGUGCUGGAGAGCCCUAAAAAGCCUUGCCUCCACCCCCCACCCCUGGCAGCUCCUCUCUAUCCUAGAAGUUCAGUCUGCCUUGUAACCCCCUUGCAAACAGGGGUGCUCACCCCUCUCUCGUUGCCAAAGCUCCCUGCUUUCUUCCUGAGCUGGGGGCACAGGCGAUAGAGCAUGGCACGUGGGGAGAAAGGCAUGAACUGGCGGCUCUAAGGGAAGGGAGGCAGGAGGGGAGAUGGGGCAUGGACCUCCAUGCCAGUUUCCAUGAGGCAUUGCUGGUCAGGCACACAGGUGUGUCUGAGUUGCUCAGCCAGAGCAAUGGCCAAGUACCCCUGCCCUUAGUUUGUUCCCUCCUAGGACCUCUCCAAUCCACGUUCCCUGCAGGGAUUGAAGUGAGGGUGUGCUCAGCUGGCUGUUUUCUUUGGGGUGCAAAUUGCAGUAACCAGAGGCUUGCUGAGGAUUGAUGCCUGUGAAGGGAACACGUGCCCUGACCCUCUUCAGCAGCUCAGACCGUGUUUGGGGCUGGCCUCCGGCCAGAGGAUGCUGCUGCGGUGUCUUGAAAACACGCAGAGAGCCAGGGACUUUCCAGGCGCCUGCUGCCAUGGCUGGGGUUGGGACUGAGCAAGGAAGGGCGCUAAGCUUUGUACUGGGUCCCCGGAGCUCUCCUGGGCUCCUUCAGGGGUGGAGUGAGCCCUGGGCUGGACUGGUCUAUGCUGGGGGCAACCUGUGACAUGUUUCCCCUCCCUUCACAUACCUUGUCCUCAUACCUCAUGGGCUCUGGGAGACACUUCACCAGGGUGGAUGGCUACUGGAUCAGUGGUCCCCAACCUUCUCCAGCACAUGGAUCUGCAAUGGGACAGUGUCCCAGAUGUGCCAAGGGCAAGGGUUCAACCAGGUGCUCAGCUGGGCACUGCUGCCUGGAGAAGUUGCAGAAAUAAAGGCUGCAAAGGCAGUAAGAGCCAGUGUGGGUCUCCUUUUCUUGCCUUGUCCUGAUGCCACUGGAGCUUUGGGGUUGGAAGGAUGGGUGACAGCACAUAAGAUGCCUCCAGGGACCUGUUCCCCAUGCUUCCAGACACCCUGGGGAGAUGGACCCAGAGGUAACCUGCUGCUGCCCAUGGCCUGUGCCUGCUGCAUGCCCCAGGGGAGGCUGCCUGAGACCACAUUGACCUCAGUGCUGCAUGAGUGCAUGGGGAGCUGCCUCCCUGCCUUUGGGCACUGGGCAUAUGGGUACUCCCAAGCAUGGGAGCUCCCUUUCUCUUUUGCACAGGUGAUGGGGGAAGCCACAGGAGUGCAGCUCUGGAUCCUACACUGCCCCAGGCACCCAACUUGUCCCCAAGGAAUUCAGCGAGCCACUGCAGUUUGCCGGUCUCCUUGCCUGGGAGAGGGCUGCAGGGCAGUUGUUGGUGAGCAUCCCCACCAUGACACCAGUGUUGCCCUCUCCCUGCUGAGGGGUGCGAGAGCCUGGGCAUCUUAUCACAGUUCUGCUUUCUACAUCAGCUGGGACUUUGGUCUCCCCCUGGUUUACUCAUUGCCCUUGAUAACUGUUUAUGAGGGUCCUUAUCAGGAACUGGUAAAAAGUGCUGGGGCUACACCCCAGCGCUCAGGCAGUGGAGCUGGGGAGGGGGCUCAGACCCCAGUGGCAUUGGGGAGUCCCCAUCACACCUCUGUGUCCUGUUGGGGCUCCUGGGACAUGGCUGACACAAGCAGUGGGAGCAAGACUGACCAAGUAGCUGGAGGCCAGGGCAGGCGAAGAGGGGCUGUUAGUGGUGGGUUGCUGCAGCUGGGGAUGGGACAGUGAAGGGGGCUCCUUGCUGGCUGCCUGGGGAGGCUGGAGAGACACCAGUGCCCAGCUCUUCUUGGAGUGGCCUUCGGGCAGGGUGAGAGGCAGUGGCAUUGGAUGCAGCAAUGGAAAUUCCAAUUAAAUAGGGGGGGAAAUGUUUUCAAUAUGAGAACAUUUCAAGCACUGGAACAGGUUACCCAAAGUGGUUGUGAAACUUCCAUCCUUCAUCUCUUCCGGACCAUGCUCUGGCAAGCACAUGAAAACAUGGAGCCAUUCCUUGCUCAGAGCAGGACCAGCGUUUCACCAGGUUGCUCAGGGCUUGAUCUAGCCACGUUGGCCUUCUCUUUGGGUAGACCUUGCCAUGACAGGGGUGCCCUGAGGGCGCCUGUUCAGCGCCUCUGUGUCCAAUUCUGCAUAGCCCCUGUCUUGCCAGCUGCAUGGCACCACUCCAUCCCACUGUUAGACUUCACAUUUUGUCUGUGUUAAACCUCAGGAGGUUCCCAUCAGCCCAUUCCUCCAACCAGUUGAAGUCCUCACUCGUCCUCAGCUCCCCACAAUUUGGCAUCAGCAUCAAUGCACAAUGGACUGUGCUAUCUCUCCCAAUCCCAUUUGCAGUCCAGCCCUGGCACAUCAAGGCCCUACAGAUGUGUUCAGCUUUUGGGGAGGUCCCUGAGGCAGCUGGACAGGGAUGGAGGCUCAGGGGGCUGGGAUGUGAGGUCACCCUGGAGCCCCUUCUCACCUGUGGAGUGGGUGGCUUGGCUCAGGAGCAAAGCAUGAGAUGGCAAAGCAAAACAGAUUGACUCCUCGCUUUGCCUAAUUUCUUGGCCACCCGCCAGGGUCCUUGUCUGGGGAAAAAAAACAGGCAAGCAGCAACACCGAGCCCACCGAGAGCAGGUAGUGGCAGGUUGCAGGACCAGAUAGGAAACAAGAGCCCACAAACUCAUCUAGCCAUGAUGGGAACUGUGCCUCCGGUCUGCCCCCCACCUGGCACCUCUUUCUGUGAUGGGCAGCUAGGAACAAGACAGGACAUGUCGGUAAAGAGGGGCUCACAGCUUACAGGAAUCCCCCACCCUCCCACUUCUCCAUCACCCAGCCUUCUGCUGGCUGGUGGGCUGCCUGCCAGGCUGGCCGAAAACGAAAGCAAAGCGUCCAGAGAUAAAUAGAAGCAGCCUCGGCACAAGGCAGCAGUGUGUGUCCUGCUCCCCAGCCUUGCUGAGCUCAGCACCUGCAGCACCCGCCAUGGCUCUGCGCCUCCUCCUGCCACUGCUCCUGCUGGCUGCUACCCUCCUCAUGGCUCAGGCUCAAGGCAUUGGUAGCUCGGCCUCGGACUGCUGCCUGAAGCACAGUCAGAAACCCAUCCCUCACAGGUGGGUGAAGUCCUUCAGCCACCAGGGACCUGAGACGGGAUGUAUGCUGCGUGCUGUCGUGUUUACCACCAAGAGGGGUAAGAAAAUUUGCGCCUCUCCCAAUGACCCUACCAUUCAGAAGCUGAUACAGAACCUGAACAAGGUGAAGAAUGACAAGAAGCCCAAGAAGGGACGUUCCCCACGUCCUGGGGGCAGACCCAAGCGGCAGAAGAGGCAGCAGGUCUAAGUCAGGCCUGAAAAGAACAGAUUCCUUCCCCACCGAUGACCGACCCACCGCCCGGCAAUGGACAUCCACAGACCGCCCACCUGCCUGCCAGCCCUGGGGUGAGGACGGGGCUGGCCGAGGGGACUGCCCUCUGCUCCGCAGACCCCUCGGCGCUGCCGUGCCUGCUGCAGAGAUUCCCCCAGCCAGGACUCUCCGCACCGGCUGGGUGAUCUCAGCAGCAGGAGGCACCCAGGUCCUUGCUCGCCCCAUGGCCAUGCCAGUGGAGACCUGGACCUGUGUGGGAGCUGAGCCAUGGCCCUGAGGGGGAAGUGGGCAGCCUUCCUGCCAGAGGGGAUUUCUGUAGCUUGGCAGGAUGGCAGCUUUUCCUAUGACUUUUUGGGAGGGGAUUUUAUACAUUUGUAUUUAUAUUUAAAGACUGUGCUUUCAUUCAGUAUUCCUGGAGGGCUCUACUUCUGGCUCCUUGUGCUUCACAGAGUACCCUUUAUGCUGCAGGCUGGCUUCUCUGGAAGGUUGCUCUUAUUUUCCUACCAAAUAAAUGACGGCUGCGUUUCA